AUGCUACUCUUCAAGAGAAAGCUCUUUGUCAGCUGCUUCGCAGUGCUGUGUGCCAUGUUGGCGUUGUUUUCCGUCCGGAAGCGCCUGAACAAAGUGCCUACUCUGAGGGAAAAGAUGUACGGCGAGCUGUUCGAGAAUAUUGAAAAAUUCCAGCCCAUACGUCCUCCUAAGGAGCGCAACUCGAUGCGUCUCGAAACGUGCGAUAUGGGCAACGCGGGGAUUAACAAAGGAGAUACCGUCGAGCGCACAACAUUCGAGAACCUAGACCAGUGCUACAGGCUCAGCAGAGGCCAGUUCGAGGGGCUCCAAGCGCCACACACAGGCUUCUUGAUGGCUCUCAAGACCUUUUUCGAUUACGAGCCAGAUUCGCCCGUGUUCAACCAUCUCUUUCCGCAAGAGAAGGGAAUCGUGACCGUAGGCGGCGGCAGGUUCUCUCUUUUAUCCUACACGAUGAUCAAAACUCUGCGCGAGCGUGGAACAACUCUGCCAGUCGAGGUUGUCAUUCCGCCCCAGGAUGAGGCGGACGAGCAACACUACUGUCAAAAGACUCUGCCAGAGUUAAACGCUAAGUGCGUGUUCUUUGGCGACGUCUUACCCAAGCGUCUUGUGGCAAGCUGGGAGUUCAAAAGAUAUCAGAUCAAGGCGGUCGCUCUUCUGAUCUCCAGCUUCAAAAACAUUGUGUUUAUCGAUGCCGAUGACUUCCCGCUCAAAAAGCUGGACGGCAUAUUUGAAAGUAAAGUGUUUCAGAAAAACGGGUUAGUCUUAUGGCCGGAUCUAUGGAGACGUGUGACGGCUCCAGUGUUCUACCGGCUUGCCAAUGUAGACGUGAACCUGAAGGAGAGAGUGCGCAACCUAGGUGACGAUGUCACUCCAGUGUCGCACUACGAAGAAAGCGUGGCUGCGCCUGAUUUGACCAAAGUUCCAUUCCAUGAUUUGCGCGGCACAGUUUCAGAUCCCACCUCUGAGUCAGGUCAAAUGGUCAUCGAUAAGACUCGUCACCUGCGCACUCUACUUUUGGCGUUCUACUAUAACGUCUAUGGACCCGAGUGGUAUUAUUCUCUGAUGUCUCAAGGAACUGCAGGAGAGGGUGAUAAAGAAACAUUUGCUACCGCAGCCCAUGUGCUCAAGCUACCAUACUAUCAAGUGAAAACCAAACUUUCGUUUGACGGGUAUUUCAAUCCAGAUCCAGCGGCCCCCGGUGAUUUUCGCGGCGUUGCUCUCUACCAACAUGACUGCGAGCAGGACUAUGAGCUACAUGAAAAAGCCAUUGAACUUGUGAAAAAUCACCCUCAGCAAUUCGAAAAUUUCAAGGAAGACUACAACGCGGAGGAUGACUUCUAUAAGACUUUAAUGAAACCGGAAGACAAAUCGGAUAUCGAUGUCAUGUUUGCCCAUGCCAGUUUCCAUAAAUUUGAUCCUUGGGGUUUGUUUAAUGAGAAAGUUUACCUCAAACCCGAUGGGUCUCAAUUGCGGUCCUUUAAUAAUCUUAAAAAGAUCAAAAACUUUGAUAUCGAGCUAUUCAAUUUCGAGGUUUUGGAAAAGGCUUUAUGUUCAAGUCAGCCUAUUCAAUUUGCGUAUCUGAAGAGCAAGUUUACAUCUCCAGAGUGGCCCAAUGUGUGCAAAUACGUAGGGGAUAGAGUUAGUUUCUUGAGAGACACACACGAGAAGGCAAUCAACAAGACAUAA